AUGCAAAACAGUGCAAUCCACAGUAAAAGCACUAUAAUAAGUUCAUACUUGAAAGAGCUCACCCCAAUAUUGACUUUGGUUGGCAUAUUGGGUUUCGGCUGCGGUUUUGCCAUAGGCAUGUCAGGAAUACCUUGGGUUAUAAUGGCAGAGAUAUAUCCUGUAAAUGUUAAGGCAUCAGCAGGAAGCCUAGUGGUUUUAACCAGCUGGGCUAGUUCUUGGGUUGUGACAUACACAUUUAAUUUUAUGCUGGAGUGGAGUUCAGCUGGGACAUUCUUCAUCUUCAGUGGAAUGUGUGCUUUAACUAUUUUAUUCGUAUGGAAGUUGGUGCCAGAGACGAAGGGAAGAACAUUAGAAGAAAUACAAUCAAGAUUAAUCACUCAGAUCCCUGGACAAAACUCGGUGAUAGCGAAAACAUAAAGAUGGUGUUUAGCUUAACGACACUGUUUCACUGAGUAUAUUCAAUUUUUCUUUGAUUUUCUUAAUGAACAUGAAUUUAUGCAACAAUUCUCUUUUAAGAUUAUUGUAUGUUUUUAAUUUAUCAAUAUAAAAUAAAUGGUGAAUUACAGACAAUAAA